AUUAUAUUUCAGUGUAUAGGAGUAUUACAUAUGUUUCUACCAUGCAUAUGUACAUGCAUCUACAUACAUGUAUGUAUGUAGUAGGUAUAUCGUAUAUUUAUCUAUCUGAAUGUAGUGUUUUUGACGUUAUGUUAUGUUCCUGACAAGUCAUUUCGUAAACAUGUGUUCUUUAUGAUAAAUAUUUCCGUCAUACUAAUAAAGUAUUAUUAUUUUUUUCCCGACUACUAUAAUCAUGGACUCAACAUUUAAAAAUACUCUGAUUCCCGGUAGCCCUAGAUUGGUUGAUCAUAUCGUUGGCGAGGUCAAGUCACAAGGAAUUUUCGAUCAAUUUCGUAAAGAAUGCAUAGCGGAUGUCGAUACAAAGCCGGCUUACCAAAAUUUACGAACACGAGUGGAAAAUUCAGUGAAUUCUUUCCUCUCGAAACAAAUGUGGAAACCUGAUCUUAAUAAAAAUCAGUUGCGUGAAGCAUUGCGUAAACAAAUGUCCGAUUCAUCAUACUUGGAUGCUGGUGUAGAAAGAAUUGUCGAUCAAGUUGUUAAUCCAAAGAUAUACUCAAUUUUUAUGCCACAAAUUGAAGAUGUAGUUUAUAAGUUCCUUGGUCUAGAGAAACCUAAUCAUGAUAAUAAUGGCUCAUGUGAAUUUAAAGAUUUAUUACCAGUUGACUUAGAUCCAGUUUCACCAGAAUCAGAUAAAAAUAGUUUAAAAGAUGUAUCACUUGACUCAGCUGACGCAAAUAUCAAAAAACUUGAUACGGGAGAGGAAAAAUUAGUGCCCCCAGGAGUUGAAGAAAAUGAAGAUAGCAUUAACCAUGAAACAUCUUUGAAUCCUGAUAUCGAUAAUAACGGUCAUGUUAAGAAAAGUAAUAAUAAAUUUGAAAUUAAAGCUGAAAAAAUCUCAGCUUCAGAAAUAGAACCUAGAAUUAUUAUAUCAUCUUUUUCAACAUUAAAUAAUUCAGAAAAAUCGGAAGAUGAUGAAGAUGAAAGUCCACCUUUUGAGCCAAUCGAAAGUUUAAAUUUCAAUGAAUCUAAUGUUUCAAAUGAAUCACACUUAUCUGGUAUUUCUGAACUAACAAGCCAUCGGUCGAGAAGCCCAAAUUUUUCAAAUGACUUUUCGAGAGAUAAUGUCGACUUUAGUAACUAUGAAACGCAAUUUAGCAAAUUCUCGUCAGACUCAAGACUUUCGAUCGUUACUGAUUGUGGAUCAUCGAAUCAAGCAUCAACUUCAAUAUCGAACAAUUCAAGAGAUGAGAAUAAGAAAGAAAAAAUGAUGCUCAUUGAUAAUUUUAUAGCAAUCCGCGACCAAAUGUCUGAAAACAUUAAUGAUAAUAGUUAUUUCGACAAUAACAUGCCAAAGGAGAAUAUAUUGAAACUUGCAGAUAAUGUUAAUUCACAAGGUGUCAAACUCAAUUCUUCAUUUAAUGAGUCUUCAGAUGAUGGUACGAACAAUGGUAAAAAAAAUGAAUCAGAGUCAAAAGAAAAAUACAAGAGUUGUCAUUCCUCUAAGUCCAAAUCAUUAAAUGAAAAAUCAGCUUCCAGAGAAACGAGUCACAAAACAAAUAGAAAAAAAUCGUCUCAUAGUGAGAGUCAAUCAGAUAUCUAUUCUAAACUUGAAGCCAUCGAAAAACAUAAAAGUUCAAUUGAUAAACUAAAAGAUGACCAAUUACAAGAACAAAAUGAAAGAGAGACAAAGAACUUGAAGAAUUUUUACAAAGAAAAAAUACGAGAACUCAUGGAAAAAAAAGAUCUGACGGAAAAAGAAAAAAUAACCAAUGAUAGCAAAUAUAUUAACAUAAAUAAAAUAACGUUAGGAGAUUCUAGUACAGAAAUUGAAAAAAGUACCUUGAAAAAAAAUUACCGGAGUACAUCGAAAACACGAAGUUCAAGUCACGACAGCAAAAAUUUGAAAUCUUUAUUGAAAGAUAACUUAAAAAAUAAAAAAACUGAAACUCAAGAAAAAUCUAAACAUAAUGAGGGUCAUCUCUCAUCAAAAAAUCACAAAUCUUGGCGUUUGACAGAAUCAUCAGCAAGGCCAGAUUCAAAAAAAUCAUUAAAAAAUGAGCAACAAGAAAAAUCAAAAAAUCCUGGGAAAGAUUCGUACGCUAAAAAAUCAGCGAAAGAUGAAGAAAUUCGUCGUGAAAAAUCAGACACUGAAUCUAAAGAUAAAAAACGUAAAGAUGAUAAAAAAUCAAAAUCGAAAGAUAAUUAUUGUAGUCCUCGAAAUAAUUCAUCUAAUCGUCACUCAUCAGAUCGAGAUGGCUCAAAUGGCUCAAAUGGUAAAAAUUCCGAAAAAAGUAACUCAUGUCUCAAUUAUUCGUCGUCAGGUCAAGCAGAAUUUUCUAAUAUAAGCAACGAAUCCAGUAACACAGGUAAUUCAAGCAAUGAAACAUCCGACAACAAUAAAAUUUCACAAAUGGGAUUCUUACAAGCACCAGAAAGAAAAUACUCAAUUGAUAAUAAUACUCUUAUAGAAAAUGUUUCUUCAAGAAUAAUUGAUGACGCACAAAAUGAAGUGAGCCUUCCAUUGAAAAAACGAUCACUGCAAAGUGACAAAAAUCCCUCUGUCAAUCAAAAUACUAUUAAAAAACUGAAAUUUGCAGAAAAAUUUCAAGAAGCAAAGAAGCGAGAAAAAAUGAGAAAAAAUAUGGAAAAAUCUGAGCAAGAAAGAUUAUUUCAAUCAUCUGUUGGAAAUUUACCGGGAAAAAAUGACGUUAUUACAAUAUCUGAUAAAGAACGUUGUCAAAUAAUUCAUAUUCAAAGUGAAGAUGAAGCCGAACCAUAUCCAGAAAAUCAAACUAAUUUUCGUUCAAAUGAAUUAUCAAAAAAAAUUAUUGCAGUAAAUGAAAUUACUCAGAGUGAAGCAGUGAAUAAAGAAUCUAAUCAAAAAUCUAGAUUAUCAACUGUAGAAUUGUCAGUUCGUCAAUCAAUGAACGAAAUGAUUUCUGGUGACAGUUUACAAGAAAUUGAAUUAACAGACGCUGAAAAUUCUCCGAUAUCUGUAUUGAAUCAAGAAGAAGAGGAAAAAAAGCUGGCUGAUAAUUAUAUUAUACAAAUACCUAAAGAUAUAUCAGAAUCAAAAUCAAUUUUGAAACUAAAAGUAGGUAGAAAAAGUUGUACCGAUGACCGGCAGAAGCUUUUUGAAACUUCAAGUAGCUUAUCGAAACAUGUCCACAACCCGGAAAACUUUUCUAGUACCAAGAAAAUUGAAUUUUCAGAUGAUGAAGAUGAUUGUCUUUAUUUUAUCAAAGAUGAUGAACCCUUGAAUAAAUUCACGAAAUUUUUAAAGUCAUUAGAUCAUAAAGAAUUUGAUUAUAUUAAAAAUCCUGAACAAAUAUUAAAAAAUAAAAUCGUAGAAAACGGCUUCACUAUGGCACCACCUCAAGUUAAACAAAAGUAUUCGACCAGCCCAUUAUCUGAUAUUUUGUUGAAUAAUUCAAACAAUAACGAUGCAUCAGAUUUUAAGAUAUCAGGUGAUGAUGAAGAAAUUAUAAGCCCAACAAAAAAAAAACGAAUGGGACGACCAAAAAAACAAAGAUUGGGUUUUACUUCUCAUACGUCUCAACAUUCAAUGGACGGUGAAAAUUUCAUCAUGCCACUCAGUCCGGAAAGUGAUGUGUCAGCGACAAGUGAUAAAACUUCAAACGCAAAUACAUUGAAAGAUGAAAAAAAUAGACUUAAAGGAAGUAAUCAACGUUACGCAAGUGAUGAUUUGUAUAAGCCGCGACCAUUGUUUGCAAGUUCUUCUAGACGAAGCAGAAGAUCAAAUCAAGCAUAGCACAACAAAAAUGAUGCAACACUGUUGCUCUUUUAACUUUUUGCUAACAGCGAUAUAGGGUGCGAACUUAUAGGACGCAAAAGUUUGCGGCAACAUGGCCGCGGGAAACAUAUGGUUUUCAAUACGGCCACUGACUGAACAUGCGCAACUUGAAAAUAUUUGAAAAUUCCGUCGUUUAAGGGCGCAACUUCACGACACCCAAAAGUUUGCGUUUUUCAUGGCUGCCGUAAUAGACGGUGGGGAGGUAACAAAAAAACUGAACAGAACCAUAAUGAACAAAUAUACGUUCAAUGGUAGUCCUUGAGACCCAGAACACGUUGCACCUAUUGGCUUCCGCUUUAAUUGUCUCCCGUCCACAGGUAAACCUGGUAAAAAAUUGAUAAUUUAAACAACUCUUUCACGCAUAAUUUUUUAUCAAGUGCUUUUAAUUUUAUUAUAUUAACUUAAUUGGAAAAUGGCUGCUUAAUUAAUUUUCACUCGGCCGAGAUAUUAAAUUUUGAAAAUUGAAAAAAACACGAAUUAUAAAAUACGUUAUAAAUGGUAGCCGAGUUAUAGGUUAUUUUUUUUCAAUGUAUUUGAAAUAUAUAUAAAAAAAAUGGCUACCAAAAAAAUGCAAAAACUUAGCUCGGUUACCAUUCAUAACGUAUUUUAUAAUUCGUGUUUUUUUCAAUUUUCAAAAUUUAAUAUCUCGGCCGGGUGACAAUUAAUGAAGCAGCCAUUUUGAAAUUAAGUUAAUAUAAUAAAAUUAAAAGUACUUGAUAAAAAAUUAUGUGUGAGUUGUUUAAAUUAUCAAUUUUUUACCUGAUUUACCUGUGGACGAGAGACAAUGAAAACAGAAACCAAUAGGUGCAAUGUGUUCUGGGUUUGAAGGACUACCAUUGAACGUAUAUUUGUUCAUUAUCGUUCUGUUCAGUUUUUUUGCCACCUACCUACGGACUAUAAUUCUAUAUGUAAAAUCCUAUGUAUUUCCAAUACGACGACCAUGUUUAGCGGGUAAACAUGACCAUCGUAUUUCCUAAAUACAUGGGAUUUUCCAUUUAGAAUUACGACAGCCAUGAAAAAACGCAAAAGUUCGCACCCAUAAGGUACAACCAUGAAGUUUAAUGAUGUAGACCUCCAUUCAACCAACUUAAGAUGAGUGAUAUCGGCCGAUCUAUCAGAGAACCUGAUAUUUUUAUCCGAUAUACUGAUUUUGGAAAUCGUCACAAAAAUAUCGACUUAAUAAUUUUCAUACUAACAGAUUUUAUUGGCUGCUUAAAUUACCACAGCCAAUCGAAUUUAAAAAAAUAUUAAAUUGUAUUGAUUUGAUUGGCUGUGGACGAUUAAUCUGUGAACUCAUGAGUUGAGAAAGCCUCAAUGUCUAAAUUUGUUAUAAAUUCACAAUUGCUAAUUAUAAAUUAUUACGUGAUCAUUAGAAAUUGUCUUCACCACUAAGAAAAAUGAGGAAAUGUGUAUUUAUUAUACAUAGUCAUUUUUCAAUAAAAUGUUUAUUCAUAAUUAUUCUAAUUUAUUAUUGUAAUAUUAUUUUUGAUCAUGUAAUAUACGAAAAAAAAAAAUUAUGAAGUUUGAGCAUAGAAUUGUUAUAACAAUGAAAACAAAGAAUUACAAACUGUUAGAUUACCUUUCUUUUAUUUAAAUAUGACAUGCUCAAAUUUUGAGGUUAUAUAACUAUUUGACUGGAAAAAUAAAAAGGAGAGUUUAACUUUUUCUAAUCUUUGCUAAAAUUAAUAAAAAUUACAGUAUUAAAAUUAUUGAUAAAGGUGAUUCUUUUAUGAUUCGUUAUUAAAUAAAUAAACAAAAUGG